UUGGGACUUCCAAGAGCGGGACAGGACAAGGCCAAAAAGGUUCAGGACAGUCAAAAUAUAAAACAUUUAUGGAGUGUUUCGGAUUUAUUUACGGUGAUUCGCAAAAGACGGUAUAUUAACGGUAGAUUUACCGAAAUUAUUAUAAAUACUUGUGCACAUCGUCAGAUCAUUUCACUGAUGAGUGGAAAAAAUAGCGAUAUAAUUGUUGCUCGAAGGCGUCUUGAGCACUUUAGUAAGGCGUUAAAAUCACAGGAUCAUACAAGCAAUGAUGCUUCUGAUUCCGAAAGCUUUGCAACAAUUCGCAUUGGCGAUGUUUCAUUAAGAAUUUCGAAACCAAAAAAUCCAGAAUUAGUACCAUAUUGUGUUAAUCCUUUAUUCGAAGAUUCACAUGUACAUGGUAAAAACACUUUAAUUCGCCGUAUAAUUUUCAAUACCUCAAACAGUGAUAAAAAUAUACAAUAUUAUAUGGUCUCCAGGAUGAUGCAAAAAGAAAAACUUGGUCAAGAUAUUUUUCUUAUUGGUUCUCCAGGCCCAUUAAGAAGAAGUCUCGUUCUUAGAUAUGCUCAACUUACGGGCAGAGAAAUUGAAUACGUAGCAUUGUCUAAAGAUUGCACAGAUUCCGAUCUUAAACAACGUCGAGAGAUUUCUGGUGGAACUGCUUAUUAUGCAUGCGUACGUGCUGCUAUACAUGGGCGAAUUUUAAUAUUAGAUGGUAUUGAAAAGGCAGAAAGAAAUGUACUUCCAAUUUUAAAUAAUUUAUUGGAAAAUAGAGAAAUGUUACUUGAAGAUGGUAGAUUUUUAGUACAUUCAAAGCGUUACGCCUCUCUUAUCGAAUCAAAUUCAAAAGUCAGUAUGGAUGGUUUAAAAUUAGUUAAGGUAUCUGAACGUUUUAUUGUGAUGGCAUUGGGUUUGCCAGUUCCUCCAUAUAUUGGUCAUCCUUUAGAUCCCCCGCUUAGGUCUCGUUUUCAAUGUAGAGACGUUAAGCAACCUGAAUUUGAUUCUCAAAUAAAACAUUUACGUAAAUUAGCUCCAAAUGCUACUUCAGAAAUAGUGGAACGAUUAGUAUCUGUAGCUAAUGUUCUUGGAAAUAUGCAGUAUGACAAUAACGGUGGAAUCUCUAUUCCUGAAUUCCCAGUUUCAGUUGAUACGAGUGUAUUAGUGUUGCAAAAAUUUCCGGAUAUUAGACCGCGCUUUUUAAUCGAUUUGUUAUACCCAUGGCCAUUAUUUCACAGUAAUGCUGGACAAAACAAUGUCAUCGCAGCAACUUAUCACCGCUUUGGAAUGCUUGGAUUGGAUUUUGAAAAAACUUCUGCAAAUGACAUUAAACAAGACGAAACUAUUUUUCAAUGUAUGCCAGGAUACAAUAUUAAAAAUAUCCAACUAUCAAACGAUAUAGAAAAAACUGUUGGCAAUGAACUUCCUAUAUAUAAGUUUGAGCUGGAUUUCCAGCACAUGGACUAUAAUAAAAUUCACCGUAUUAACGUUUUUGGCGGCUCCGAUGAACUCUUGGCUGAUUUCUUUGUAGAGACAAAAUAUCACCAAAAUAUUUUUAAUGCAAUGUUGAUUGCACAUUCAGUUGGUGAUUUUUGUCUUAUUGGUGAAAAAGGAGUUGGAAAGAGUGCAUUGAUGAGACAUUUUGCAGCAAAGCUUGGCUACAACAUUGAAUAUAUUCCCUUAUAUAAAGAUAUGUCUUCCCGUGAUCUCCUCCAACGUCGUAGUACUACUUUCGCCGGUGAUACUGUAUGGGAAAAUUCACCUUUGGUGCGGGCCUCGAUUUCUGGACACCUUGCUGUUCUAGAUGGAAUUGAUACACUUUCUGGAGGAACACUUAUGGUGUUGGAGAGGCUAGUUAAAGAACGUGAACUUUCUCUCCCUGAUGGAAAGCAGUUGAUUCAUCCUGCUAGAUAUGAAAGGCUGAUUCAUAAACAUGGAUUGACUCAUGAGUCGUUGGAAAAAAAAGGGAUAUUUGCAAUACAUCCAGCUUUUCGAAUUGUGGCCUUGGGUCGUCCUGGCUCUUGGCUCACUCCAGAAAUUGUUGCAAUGUUCCAAUUUAUUGUUAUUUUUCCAUUAGAUUAUUUGGAAGAGACCCAAAUUCUUGAAACAUUGUCUCCAGGAAUAGACGCCAAAAAACUUUCACUCCUUUUGCACUUCGUCAAUCGUCUCCGUCAAGAUACUGGAGAAACGGUGAAAACUUUAUCCGAUGCACUUUCUACACG